AAUCUUCCUAGCCUUCUCAAAGAUGAUCGUUUUAAGGUCAUGUUUGAGAAUCCAGAUUUCCAGGUGGAUGAGCAGAGUGAAGAAUUUAGGCUACUUAACCCACUUGUUUCUAAAAUAAGUGAGAAAAGAAAAAGGAAACUGAAGAUGUUAGAGGAACUGGAAGCACAAGAACAGGAAGAGGAGGAAGAACCAGAAGGAAAAGCAAGUGAUGCAGAAAGUUCUGAGAGUUCAGAUGAUGAAAAAGGCUGGGUUGAAGAGGUCAGGAAACAGCGCAAGCUUCUACGCCAAGAGGAAAAAGUAAAGCGGCAGGAAAAGUUCAAGGAGGAUCAGCAAACAUUACUGAAACCUCAAUUUUUUGAGAUUAAAGAAGGAGAGGAAUUCGUAAGCUUCAAAGACUCCGCCAAAAAACAAAAAUUAAUGAAGAAAACUCUUGAAGAUCGUUUAAAGCUUGAAGAAAAACUUGGCACACUCAACGUGUCUGAUACCACAGUAGGCAGCAAACAGGCAACAUUCAGAUUAAAGAAGUCAGAGCAGCAGAAGAAACAGCAGGAAGCUGAGAAACAGCAUCGUCAAGAGAGGAGGACUCUUAGGCGUUCUGCUAGUCAUCUCAGGAGCAAACGUGGAAGAGGGCGACUCUUUCGUUAAUUUAUGUUAUUUUUUUUUUUUUAAGAAACUUAACUAUUUUACAUUUGAAAACGGACUUUUUCAAAUUGGGACAUGGUACCAGUGAAUUUGUACUUUGAUUCAUUGCUGAACAAGAAAAACAGAACUUGCUAAAC